AUGAAUGUAAUUUUAGCAGUAAAGCAAUAUGUCACUAAAAUGAUCGAGGACAGUGGACCAGGGAUGAAAGUUCUUCUUAUGGAUAAGGAAACGGUAAGAGAUCCCCAUCCAUAAUCUGUCAAAAAUAACAUGAUCACCCUUUGCUUAGAUCUCCACUUUAAAAUGUCCUUUUUUGCUUAUAUUGUAGAUGAUUUAAGAAUGCAAUAAUUUACACAAGAAGUGGGAUUUUGAUUUCGAUUGAAUUGAUUUGAAUUGAAUUUGAAAUCUGUGUUAUAAAUACAUGUAAGCUUACAUGUACACUAAUUAAGUCCAGGCUCUUACACACAAAAAUUACACACAAGCGGACACUGCUGAGACCAGAGAGAACAUUCCAUCUAAGAGGAGAGGGAUGUAAAUAUUUCAAAACCUGAAGUGAACAACACAAUAUUAUUAUUACUUGUGUGAUCUUUGAUAUACACUCUGCCCCUUUAUUUUAAUACUCAUGUAAUUUUGCACUUGUUCCAGAGAAGAAAUCUAAAACUAGAGCAAAAAAAAUUGUCAUAGAAAGAAAUUAACAGAAAAGAAAUCAAGUGUAAGUCUGAACUGGGAGUUAAAAAUUUCACAUGUAGUGAAAUAAUGAUUUUCACGAUAAUUUUGAUAAUUUAUUACAUGUUACACCUUUUGCUGUUCAUUACGAGAAAAUACGCAAUCAUUUGCGUGAAAUGGCGACCAAUAGUGCGAAGAUACAUUCAUUAGCGCGAAAAUACGAACAUUUGCGCAUAAAUCAGAUUCAAUUACCUUUUUUGCACUUUAAUCAACAUUCAAUAACACUUUUGGGCAUUGAUAGGCGUCAUUGGGCAUACAAAAGAGAAAAAUAUACUUUCAUUAACGACAACAUCAAAGUUAUUAACACCAUUUUGAAAGUCAAUAGGGGCAACUGACAUACAUUAAAGUGCAAAUACUAUUCAUUAACAUUUUUAUGACACUCUUUGAAAUUCAAUAGCAUUCCUGGACAACCUUAGGAAGGAUAAGACAAACAUUAAUGCGCUUGUACAAUCAAUUGAGUGUUCUUUACAUUUAAUAUACAAAAAUCGAUUUUCAAUUAAACAAUAGAAAUUCACACAAAUUUGGCCUGAAUUUCAGUUCGCGAAAUGUAUAUCCCUAAAAACCUCACUACUUAAACAUUUUGGGAGGUAGGUUUGCAUGAAAUGGUACCCCUUAGCACAUUUAGCUGCGAUCAGAAUGUCAUGUUUCUGCGCAGAGCUUCAAGCACUGCAGUUCUUGUUUCUGAACUCCGCUAGUGGGAUUGCUAGAGCGUUCCAGUUAUACAUCUUUAAAUUUCCGGACUCGAGAUGUCGGCCUUUGGUGUCGCUUUCAGACAACUUAAGGUGGCUCGACUGGAUUUUUUGGUGGGGAUACCUCCCAAGUUUGAGCAUUAACUACGUCGCCACGAGUAAAGAUAUGGAAAAAAGAUUACCACGACUGUAUUAUGUAAAGAUGAAAAUUUCUUAUGAUCUGGUUUUUAUUGCAAUCGGAGUCGCCAUGGCAAUGUAACGACGCCAUUACGUUUUUUAUUUAUCUUCGUGUUUCUCUGUACCAAGAGUUUUUUUAAGAAAUCGCUUAAGGGAGUUUGUACCUUCCAUAAUUGCCUCAAUUAUGGCAAAGUUUGAACAAAUUCUAUGAGAGCGUUUUCGAGAUAUUUUGAAACAAAGUUUUAAGCAUCAUAAAAGCAGUGAAAUAGCAUGCUAUCCACACAAUUAGCUAAAUUUUUAAGAAAAUGAUAAGCUUUGGAAACGCGGCUUCAUCUCAUAGUGGUUUGAUUCCAUUGAAAACUGCGUACAAAAAAAGAGGAGAAUUGCUCCGGGCGAUCGCGAGUAAGAAGAAUCUUAGUAACUUGCAUUCAGCUGCUUUUGUUACAGUUUUUGCAUGUAAUUUGGUCCAUGCCUACAAUUUUCGCAUUUUUCCAAAAACCGCUCGAUAAAUUUUUUUAUAAACUUUGCAAUCCAGAGAUCAAUCGUCUAUAAAUAUACCCUGCAAGUUUUAAUAAUAUUGAAAACAGAGAAGGCUUUCAAAUAGGGCCUCAAAUAUAACCAAUUUUACCCCCAGAUUUUGUGUUUACAAUUGAGCGUCCUCAUUAUUCACUGGCAUUGUUUCCACGUUUCAUAUGCACGUGCCCAUUUAGCAAAAAGAUAGAAUUUGCAUCAAAAAGGACCCUCGGUUAAAUCUCCCUAAUAUGCUAAUAACCGGGUAAAGAAAUUAGUGAUAUUUUAUAACAUCACAGCAACUCUUUGUAAGAGAUUCUGUGACGUUAUAACCCGAGUAAGGUAACUAUUGCAAGUAAGUAAGUAAGUAGGUAAGUAUUGCAUCCUACACGAUGAGCCGUGACGUUCGCCGUCUCGGCUCUCACUGCUAUCUGUGACACAAGCCAAUUAUUAGCAUAUUCCGAAAUUUCUUCCGAAAGUAAUCGAGAGUUCUUUUUUAUCCAAAUUUAUUUCUUUUUGCUAAAUGUGCACGUGCAUAUGAAACUUGGAAACAAUGCCAGUGAAUAAUGAGGACGCUCACUUGUAAACACAAAAUCUGGGGGUAAAAUUGGUUAUAUUUGAGGCCCUAUUUAAAAGCCUUCCCUGUUUUCAAUGUUCUUGAAACUUGCAGGGUAUAUUUAUUGGCAAUUGAUCUCGGGAUUGUCAAAUUUAUAAAAAAAAUUAUCGAGCGGUUUUUGGAAAAAUGCGAAAAUUGUAGGCAUGGGCCAAAUUACGUGCAAAAACUGUAACAAAAGCAGCUGAAUGCAAGUUACUAAAAUUCUUCUUACUCGCGAUCGCCCCGAGCAAUUCCCCUCUUUUCUUGUACGCAGUUUUCAAUGGAAUCAAACCACUAUGAGAUGAAGCCGUGUUUCCAAAGCUUAUCAUUUUCUUAAAAAAUUAGCCAAUUGUGUGGAUAGCAUUGUAUUUCACUGUUUUUAUGAUGCUUAAAACUUUGUUUCAAAAUAUCUCGAAAACGCUCUCAUAGAAUUUGUUCAAACUUUGCCAUAAUUGAGGCAAUUAUGGCAGGUACAAACUCCCUUAAGCGAUCUCUUUAAAAAACUCUUGGUACAGAGAAACACGAAGAUAAAUAAAAAACGUAAUGGCGUCGUUACGUUGCUAUGGCGACUCCGAUUGCAUUAAAACCCAGAUCAUAAGAAAUUUUCAUCUUUAUAUAAUACAGUUGUGGUAAUCUCUUUGCAAUAUCUUUACUUGUGGCGACUUAGUUAAUGCUCAAACUUGGGAGGUAUCCCCUCAAAAAAAUCCAGUCGAGCCACCUUAAAUCCUUUUCAACGAUGUCGAGGGGGGAAGCAUAAGCUGUGUACGUAAAGGGCGGGAAUGGCCAAAUCUAGGUGGGCUGGCACCCCGUCAUAUGCAAAGACCACCGACUUAUCGGGAUUCAUUUUUUCCUCGCCCGUGCCAGAAAGUCACCGAAAAACUGACACUGUAUUCAUUACUCCAGCAGCUGCCGAAAGAAAAAAUUUGAUAGGUAAUAUGUAUUGCCAUGGUCAUAGUCAAGUUUCGCCCUUGUUGGCCGCACACUUGGCGGUACGCCCUCCACUCCCUGUCGGGCCCCACCAUGACUUCUGGCCGUCUAGGGUAAAUGUAAAUCCGCAGCCGUUGACGAACACACAGUGGCGAAGUACGGCGUGAUUCUUUAAACAAAUUCAGGCCAAUUUUGGGGGGGAUUGGUUUUGUUUCAUUGAAAAUAUAUUUUUGUGUAUUAAAUGUAAAGAACGCUCANAAAUUUCCGGACUCGAGAUGUCGGCCUUUGGUGUCGCUUUCAGACAACUUAAAUCCUUUUCAACGAUGUCGAGGGGGGAAGCAUAAGCUGUGUACGUAAAGGGCGGGAAUGGCCAAAUCUAGGUGGGCUGGCACCCCGUCAUACGCAAAGACCACCGACUUAUCGGGAUUCAUUUUUUCCUUGCCCGUGCCAGAAAGUCACCGAAAAACUGACACUGUAUUCAUUACUCUAGCAGCUGCGGAAAGAAAAAAUUUGAUAGGUAAUAUGUAUUGCCAUGGUCAUAGUCAAGUUUCGCCCUUGUUGGCCGCACACUUGGCGGUACGCCCUCCACUCCCUGUCGAGCCCCACCAUGACUUCUGGCCGUCUAGGGUAAAUGUAAAUCCGCAGCCGUCGACGAACACACAGUGGCGAAGUACGGCGUGAUUCUUUAAACAAAUUCAGGCCAAUUUUGGGGGGGAUUGGUUUUGUUUCAUUGAAAAUAUAUUUUUGUGUAUUAAAUGUAAAGAACGCUCAGUUGAUUGUACAAGCGAAUUAAUGUUUGUCUUAUCCAUUCUAAAGCUGUCCAGGAAUGUUAUUGAAUUGCAAACAGUGUCAUAAAAAUGUUAAUGAAUAGCGUUUGCUCUUAAAUGUUUGUCUAUUGUCCCUACUGAUUUUUAAGAUAAUGUUAAUGACUCGAAUGUUGGCGUUAAUGAAAGUAUAUUUUCCUCUUUUGUAUGUCAAAUGACGGAAAUGAAUGCCCAAAAAUGUUAUUGAAUGUUGAUUAAAAUGCAAAAAUCGUAAUUGAGUCUGAUUUAUGCGCAAAUGUUCGCUUUUUCACGGUAAUGAAUGUAUCUUCGCGCUGUUGGUCGCCGUUUCACGCAAAUGAAUGCGUAUUUUCUUGUAAUGAACAGCAAAAGGUGUAUUUAUUAUUUCAUUCAUAUUUUUUCUUCUUUUGUCAAAGACUGGAGUUGUGAGCAUGGUAUAUACUCAAAGUGAAGUUUUACAGAAGGAAGUUUAUCUUUUUGAAAGAAUUGAUACUAGUGGACGGGAAACGAUGAAACAUCUGAAAGCAAUAUGUUUCCUACGACCAACAAGAGUAAGUUGCCAAAGUUUCCUUUUGCUGGAGAAGGAUGUGAUCACCAGAUGAUGUAAGACAGAAGAUUGAAAAGAUAUCAAAUAUUAAAUUCCCACGUCACUACAACACAAUAGCUAGCCAAUAAUGUUUUCUGCAGCACCAAGAAACAUCUAAAAUGAUUAAAUGAAGCAGCCCUGGGCUUAUCUUCAUAGGGACUCAGGACGCACAGGUAGCAAAAUCUCUGUUAAAUACAUUUGAAGAAGGCUUAUAAAUGCAUGUAUUCUUUGUUUACAGGUAGGUGGGCCUUUAACUGGGGGGGGUGGGAGGGAGGGCACUUAUGACUAGGGGGCUUACAGGGUCGUCAUUAGGGGCCAAGGGGCCUUUUUCUUCGGCUAUCAUAAACAUGACCCCACCUACUUUUGUAGGAAAAUAGAAGAAAAAUAGAACCAAACAAAAUCCCUAGUUCUUGGAUUCCCCACCUACUUGUAUCAUUGAUAUAGCCCCGCAACUUGAAAUUUUAAUGACAGCCCUGGGCUUAUAAGCACUGGCAUUAUGGUUGGGUAUGAGUGAUUUUGACACUGACACUGUGUCAUUAUGAUGAAGUGAUGCAGAAAAUUAAGAUGUGACUUGUUAAUAUUUAUAAGCACUUUCUGUUUAUUCCUUUUAGGAGAAUGUUGAGCAUCUUUGCAGUGAACUGAAAAAUCCCAAGUAUGGGGUAUAUUAUUUGUGUAAGUGUAUAUUUCAUUUGAUACAAGAUCAUGCAUUAUAAUCAAACACUUCUGAUAAAUACUCUUAGAAUUUAUUUCGGAAAAGUGUCUAAAACAUGGUUCGUAUAUUUUAAACAACUGUCAGCACUAUAUAACAUAAGAUUUAUUUCUUACACAGUCCAGAACUGAAUAUAACCAUAGUAAAUUAUUGAUUUGCAUUCUUUAGAUUUCUCCAAUUUCAUUGGCAAGCCAAAUAUUCGUGCUAUCGCAGAAGCUGAUGACCACGAAGUUGUCAGAGAAGUACAGGUAAACAUCUGUUGGUGAUUUUUGCAGGAGUAUACGUGGUUAAGUUUACGACUACCCAGGGGUUUCAAUAAGCACCAAUGGCUGUCGAAAUGUGUCGGCUACUUUGCUCAUAGAAGUUGGCUCCUUUUUCCUAGAAAAAAGAAGCAACUAGUUUGAAUAACGUUACAAACCAAAAAUAUAUCAUUAAAUCUGAAUGAAAACCUUAAUUAUGAUGUACUUUCAUGAAGGCUCCUUGGUUUAAUGUUAUAUUUUCGUCAUGAGAACACUAUAUUUCAGUCAAUUUUUCACACUUUUACGCUGAAUUUGUGUCUGAGCAAAAGUGUGUAAUUUAGUUUUCAUAUUUGUUCAUUGCUCGAGGAAUUUAUUGUGAAACUGAUAAAUCGAAAGUUGAAUGGAAGCUACAUUUUCUUGAAUAAAAAACAAACUCUUGUUUUCUCAAUUUAGUCCCCGGAACUCUAAAAUUUGCAUUUUAGGGCUUUGAAAUUUCAAAAUUUUCUGGGGAAGCACGCCCCCAGAUCCCCUCCCCCCUAGAAAAAGGGGACUAACGGCCCCUUGUUGAUACAGUUGGUUACUCUAUUCAAACCUGCUGGCUACUUCAAUUUUCAUUGAAACCCCUGACUACCCAUUAUUACUGUACAUGGUUAACUACACUUAAAUGUAUGUUGAAAUGUAGUGGAAGGUACGGGCUUUUUUUCAAGAGAGCAAGGGUAUGUACUCACAAGGGGAACACUUUUUAAUCCAAUUUGAGGUCAUAAAUGGUCAUCUACAUAUACAUAAAUCUUGGUUACAAAUAGACUGUUCACAGUCCUCUUCUUUUUUUUUGUGAGAUCUUCGAGAUAUAGUGCGUCUUACUGUUAAUGGCAGCCAUCUUGAUUUUCAAAUGUACCUAGGGGGCAGGCAUCAGGGAUUAUAGCUGUAAUAACAUCACUGCAGCUUGCAUUCACAGAGCACGUUGUACCAGCAACGGAGGCAUUUGAUUGGUCAUUAGUCAAUAGAGUUAAUUUUCAUUGACUUAAGUUGCCGACACUGACAAGUCGUUGACAAGUCAUUGACAAGUCGUCGUUUCUACAAAACGUAUGCUUUCAUUGUACAGUGCUAAACGCAUGAAGGUAUUUUGGGGAUGAAUCACGUAAGCCAAUGCGCUCUUGAAGCAGCCUAGCCAGGGGAAUGUUGUAACACAGUUCUGCCUAAAGUAACCUGUCAGAAGUGCCUGGCUUUUUAUGGGGAGGUUUAACCAUUUUAAUCUGUGGUGAAGUGAUCAUGCUUAGUGCUUCCAUUAGGAAAAUGUUUCACCUGAGCAUGUUUGCUGAUUUUACUUGGAGGAAUGUCCUAGAAACUGCAUAGAACCACUGUUUGGAAAGGAGAUUUGUAAACACAUGAAAUCGAUGCUAAAUGUGUCUGGCAUGUUUUUCAUAGCCAGCGGAGUUUCUUAAUUAAUGAAUGGUAAAAGGCAUGAAAUUCCUGUCAUGCCUCCUGAACGUGAGCUGCAGUGAUGUUAUUACAGUCCCUCUAUUUUUCUUGCUUCCUCCCAAAACUGCCCCUUGUCCCCUAAGUAGCUUUGACACUCGUGCAAGAUGGCAGCAUGUAACACAAAGCGCUCAAUCUCGACAAUCUUACGGAAAAAUUGGGGACUGUGAACAGUCUAUUACAAAGGAUAUCUUUUGAUUCAAUAGGAUUUUUUCCGUAUUAUUUACCAAAAUUAGUAACAAAGUGGUUGAAUCAGUUCUUUUUCUUUUACUUUUACAGGAAUUUUACUCUGAUUUUUAUGCUGUUAGCCCUCAUGUGUUUACUCUGAACCUUCCAAAUUGUUCACGGGUAAGUAAUUUAUACAUCUAUUUAUAACUAGGUUUUUCCUGGUUAUAUGUUCAAUUAAUUGGUCCAUAAACCCUCAUAAUUGUUUCCCACUUUCUAGAUGUCAGUUAGAUUUACAGCUAACAGUCAAGGGCACCUCAACAAAAUAUAUAAUUUAAAAGCUUGCUUGUCAAAAAAUGUACAAUAAAAAUGUCUCAUCCUAGCAGAGUAGUAGGAGAUCUAGAGUUUCGUAGAUAAAAAAGGGCAAUAAGUUCCUUUACCCUGAUUUUUUUAAAGUUUUUUAGUGCUCUUCUAAUUUUUCUUUUAAGUACUAAUUUUUUUCUGACAUCUUCUUUUGUUCAUCUAUAUAUUUUCAGGAAUGUUAUACCCUUUUAAAUCAAAUUAUUCAUUAUUUUUGUGGAGUUUUCACACGAUUGUUAAGCAUUAAUUUUUACCUAACCUUUCAAGUAACUUGGAAUUGUUAUUAAAAUAAAAUACUGUUUCAGGCUGGAGCAUGGGAUAUAGAUGCUAUCGACCGUGCAUGUCAGGGGAUAUUGGCCGUGUUACUCUCAUUAAAGAAAUGUCCAAUAAUUAGAUACCAGAAUUCAUCUGAGAUGGCUAAGAGACUAGCUGAGAAUAUAAGGGUAGGUAUAUAUUUGUCAUGUGUAUUUUGUUGUGUCACUGUCAGGAAAUCAUUAUGGUCUACCCUUGCAUCAGCCUGUGAGAAAGAAAAACAGGCUCGGAAUAUAUUAAACAACUGACAUUUACUGUAUUGUUGAUAAUAGACUUUAUGGUUAAUAUAAAAUAGACAAUCAUGUGCUUUAUUUUAAUUUUUUAAUGUUAUUUUCAGCAUAAAAUAAACGAUGAAGCACAAUUGUUUGACUUCAGGAGAACGGAUGUCCCUCCUCUUUUGUUGAUUUUGGACAGACGAGAUGAUCCCGUGACCCCAUUAUUGAAUCAAGUAAGUUCCAAAUGUGACUAGUAUAUCACUGCAUGUACCUUUAACUUCAUUUGCCCAGUUGACACAGCAUGCUCCAAAGUAUAUGAGUGGCAUAAUGUGUGGUCCCAGAAAAUAUCCAUACUCCCCACAGAAGGGAUUGGAGAUUCUUGGGGGGUGGUGGGAGGGGGAGGGGUGUCUAGGACAACUAGAUUUUCCCACUGGGAUGGUAACUUUGUGUGUUCACUUACUCAAUGAACAUCCUUGCUAGAGGAGGCCUAGCUCUUUUCCCUGGUAUUCUGUUGGUGGGAGGAAAAGACUGAUGAUCACUCAGAUGUUUUCCUCCCGCCUGUCAAACGCCAAGGAAAGGACAGGCCUUUGCUAACAAGGAACCAAUGAGCAAGGAUCAGGUAAGUUAUCUUCCAGCUAAUUCGUAAAGAGACUCAUUUAGUGACUUCAGCAAGCUAUAAGCUAGAAUGACUUGACCAAAGGGUCAAGGUGGCAUUCAAGUUUUUUCAUACCUUGUUUUGAAUUUUUCUUAGACCUGACUAUUUAACAAUUAUUAUUCCUCAAGCCUGAAUUGGCUAUGAGUCAAUAGCCCAUGAGGCCGAAGGCCAAAUGGGCUAUUGACUCAGAGGCCAUGAGGGCGAGAGGAAUAAUAUUCUUUUAGUGAAAUCCAACUGCUUGGUCAAAAAUAUCGAGACAAAACAACUUUAGCUAGUUAAAGCUAGACUUUAAACCUUUUUUGCCGCCAAAAAGCUGGCGCUUUGCACUACUAGUGGGCUAUAACAUAUAGCCUAGUAGUAACUCAACCACGAUACUAGUGGGCUAUAACACAUAGCCUAGUAGUAGCUCAACCAAUCAGGACACAGCAUUGAUAACAGACCACUAGUUGGAUUUUACUUAAUCAAUAGACAGUUCACUUUUCUGGUAGUUUCUUGGUGUUGCGGACGGAUGCAAUCACCAAAUGACUUUAAAAAGAUACUGAACAAUGCCUGCACCACAACACAAAAGCGAACCAACAAUAGUUUCUGCAACACUGAAAGACACCCACUUUUCCCUGAAAAAAUUGUUAACCCUUUAAGCCCCACUAUCCACAUACAAAUUCUCCAAACUGAUCUCGAUACAUUUCCUUAAGGAAUCAGUUGAGAGAAUUUGAUGAUAGAUCAGGGCAUUUUCUCUCAGGUGAUCAUUUUAUAAAUUCUCAUAACUUAUCUCUUGACAGUGUAUGGAUAUUGUUAGGAGAAAAUUGAUCUUGGUCACUAUUGGGACUUAAAGGAUUAAUUCUGGCCCUGUUGAGUCAGUAGCAGUGAUAUUAUUCUGUGUAAAUGUUUGGUUCUCACAAGUAAACAUUUUGAAGUUUCCUCAUUCGCUGUUUGGUUCUUGAUUUCUUGUAAUAUUAUAUUAUAUUAGUGGACGUAUCAAGCGAUGGUUCACGAGCUGAUUGGUAUUAGAAAUAACAGAGUUGACAUGUCAAGGUGUCCUGGUAUUUCCAAGGAGCUACAGGUAUUGGCCAUUACAGUUAUUAAGUUUGAGCUAUCGGAGCUGGUGACUGGUCUCCUCUUAAAGUAGGAAUACAAUUUUGAGCGGCCCUUCCCCUUAACCCUUUAAGCCCCAAGAUCCACAUACAAAUUCUCCAGACUGAUCUGCAUACAUUUCUUUUAAGAACAGUUGAGAGAAUUUGGUUUAAGAUCAAAGCAUUCUCCCUUUGGUAAUCAAUUUAGUAAUUCUCAUAACCUUUACUCUUGAUGAUCUGCUGAUGUUGUUAGGAGAAAAUUGAUGUUGGUAACUCUUGGCACCUAAAGGGAUAAAAUUUGGUAUCGUUAUUUCACCUAAGUGGACAAACUCCAAACAAGAUUGAGUUGUAACACCAAUUCAUUACUCAGGGACAAGUUAGCGAGUUUAUUGUAAAAACCGUUUGAGUUAAAGGCAGAUUUCUGUAAAGCAAGAAGCAAAAGAUCAAACGACAACUGCCGAUCAUAUUUUAGAAAAGAGAGAUAAUUCAGAACUCUACAUGCUUUGAUAUUACAGUGAAACCCAGUUACCGAGACCACUUAAUGGCCAUUAAAACCUGGAAACAUUAAGGAGGAGGUCGCAAUAACAAGGCGGUCGUAUUAACAAGAAGGGUUUCAGUCAAGAAAUUGACUGAUGAUUCUUUUUUGUGCGUUUGGGCUAAAAUAACGUACUGUAAAUGACCCAAUAAUCGCCGGGAGCGUCUUUAAUCCUGGGAGCCUAAGACAAGCGGGAGCGUUUAAUGGAUAGGAGGCGUUUAUUGUCAUAACUGCAACAAACUCCACAAAACUAACAUGCUUUCGGCAAAUAUAUCAGAGCACUGUAAAUAAAUAGCAAAUCAUCCAGUACAUCCAUUGGUACGUCGAGGCCGUUUAGAGAUCAGUUUGUCAGAAUCCUUACUUUGAAUUUGCCAUUAGACAGGAUUCAAUGCGCGAACUCUUGUUAAUCAAACAAGAAACUGAAUGAAUUGAAUGAUUUUACCCUGUCAUACAGGUCGUCUAUUUUACACGGGGUGUUUAUCAGAGGGGAGUCUAAUAAGAGGGCGUUUAUUAGACAAGAGGCGUUCAUUUGAGAAAUGGUGUCUAUGAGAUCAUUUACGGUAGUAAGAUGUAAUAGUGAGGUAGUCGCAUAAUCGGGUUGGUCCCAAAGCAGCCUGGUUUUGCUUUAAUUUCUUGUCUAACUUUAAUUUAAUCUUAACGCAAACCUGUGACAGUCUCAUACAUUCAUUUGAUGAAAAUAUGACCAACCCAGUUUCUUUUGUUUCCCUGAGUUUGCUGUACAUUUACCUAGUGCAGCAUCAGUUUGUUUUUCCUAUUCAUUCUCUUUCUUAUCUUUUUGCUUACGAAUUUGACAGGAAGUUGUUUUGUCAGCAGAACAUGACGAGUUUUACCAAAAGGUAAGUUUAUAGACUACAAAGCCGACACCACGCAGAUAUAUAUUUAAUUAAGUCAUUUUUUCUUAACCCUGGGAAGCUGACUCGCCAAUACAGCACCUCAACACAGUCUGCUCAUUCUUAAUCGACACCUCUAUUAGACGGACACGAACGGACUUCUAAUAUAGAGUUGUUACAAGUUGACUUUAUCUCCUUUUCUUCUCCUUUUUUUAAACAGAACUUGUAUUUGAAUUUUGGAGAAAUUGGUCAAAACAUUAAAACCCUGAUGACAGAAUUUCAGCGAACUGUGAAGAGUAAUCAACAACUGGAGUCCAUCUCCGACAUGAAAGUAAGAUCAGUUUAAUCUUUGCCAAAUCCUUUCAUGCUGAUUUACUUUGUUCUUCCACCGAGUUUCUCCCCGUACCAUUGUUGACUGUUUGAACAUUCUCGUUGUUCGUUUUCUUAGUUCUUCUCUUCAUCGUUACAGUUAGAGUCAAAAAUUGAGUUUGAGUCAACAGUUUGUUUAGGUGGUGGUCAUUGUUUUCAUGCGUUUAAAUGCAAUUUAAAGGAGUUAACAACUAAGAGCGCCUUAGGGGGCUGAGGUCAGCGGUCUUUGGCAUGCGCAUGCCCAGUAGCUGGCUACAUCGAUCAUGUGAUUCAUUGGCGCGUUCAGUUUUCCUUCGUGCUAGGUUCUGCCAACCGAAUCGCAGCACUUCACUUACGUUUUGACCGAAGUUUUGAUUACUUCUCGGUAUAAAAGUGGGACUAGAAGCAGUAGUGUAAUUUUUGAAAAUCGAAAGGGCAAGUUUCGUUCAGACCGUGCCAUUUAUAAUUCGAAAGAAAUUUCAGAACUAGGACUUGAAAUUUUGGCUUAAUGGAAAACACCCUAAGUAAUCUUUCUCAGAAGAAUCAAAUCAAUCAAUAGAAGGGUUUGGUUAAAAACGCACCAUUGAAUACUGUUGUGUAGCAGAGUUAAAGACCAUCAGAGUACUUUCCUUCAUGUAGUUCUACCUGUUAUGAUGUUCAAGAAGGCUCUACCUUAUUGAAUCUCAAAUGGAUGAAAUCUUCGGUUGAUCAACUAAACGGGAAGUUUAAGGGCUGUUCUUGUUCUUAGCUUCGUUAGAUUUUGUCAGGUUUUAAAACCGACGGCUUGUGAUGUGUUGCUUGCGGUAAUUUUAUGCUUUUGUAACUUUUGCAAGGCUGACUACAAUCCUGGACAAAAGUCCUUGGGACAGUAAUGCAGUAUUCAUAAUUUUCUGUAAUUUCUGGGUUCUGCCAUAAAAUAGUGCAUCCUUCUCGAAAAUUGCUUGCAGUUCUCCCCCCCCCCCCCCCCCCCUUUUUUUGUGUUUUUAAACUUUGAAAGGUGGAGACAAAAUCUGAGAAAAAUUCCCGUGGGAAGUAAGAAGUUUUUCAAUAUUUUUGUGAAUUUCUGGGUUUCGCCCAAAAAAAGGGCACCCUCUCCCAAAAUUGCUUGCGAUUUUUCCCCCCCCCCCCCCACCCUACACUAAAUUGAAACUCGGAAAAGAUUCUGGAUACAAGCAUCCAAAGUUUUUUGUGGGGCGGGGCUGAAGAAGGGGUUGGGUAUUGAAAAAAGGGGGGUGGGAAUUGAAAAAAGCUCCACAAAUGCAAAUUUGUCCCGAGACUUUUGUUCUUUUUUGUAGGUGUAAUUGUGCUGAUCGUGUUGUCUGCUUAACAGGCCUUCGUGGAAAACUAUCCGCAGUUCAAGAAAAUGUCAGGAACCGUUUCUAAACACGUGACUAUUGUGGGCGAGUUAUCUCGUCUGGUCACCGAAAAAUCGCUUCUAGAUGUCUCCGAAGUCGAACAAGACCUAGCUUGUCAGAAUGACCACUCUUCUGCUCUCCAGGCAAGUAUUUCUAUAACCGUCAUUUAAACUCCUAGACAGUCCUUCAGACUUUUUUUGCAACUCCACAGAUCUUGCUCAGGAUAAUUUCAGAUCUGGGUCAGACUAACUGCGCUUUUCCUAGCCUGCGUGGCAGGCGUCGAAAGGGGUACGCUUUUCCACAAACAUGCGAAUUCUGAAGUUCAAAAGCCAACUGACGAUUGCGUUUUUCGCUGCCGUCAAUCAUCUUAACGGACCUCUUAGGAAACAAAACUUUAUUUUAACAGGUUCAAAAGGUCAUGGAUUGUGAUUUCUGAUUGGUGGAUUUCGAUCCGUUUUGUGAGUUUCUGUGUUUCAAGGUCCGUUGCUUGUGAUCGUAAUUAUGAUUGACGACAGCGAAAAGCGCAGUAAACAGUUUGCCUCUCCUGGUUACUUGACAGAACCUUUAUGUCGUUAGUGAUUUUUGACAUUUUUAAAAGUGUCCGCCAAUUUGGUUGUUUGCGAAGUUUGACAAUAUGAACUCAGGGGAGAAACAAACGCGUGAAAAGCUAAAAACUAAAAUUAGUUUAUCACCAAUUAUCCACUUUCGCAGAGCCGGAUAGUUGAUACAGAUGGUAGGCAAAGUGGUUAUAAAUAAUAGGUUUGUGGCCCAACAGGCUUAGCAGUACCCUUGGUCGGUACCAGAGGUUUUUUGUCGUGUUCGGCGAUUGAGUGCGGCGAAGAUGCUUCGGAGAUGGGUCACUAGAAAUGGAGAGCUUUAGAUUCGAGGACGAGGACGACUGCGAGCACGAUACCAAGUUAGCCUCCUCCUCAGGCGCUUCGUUUUUCGCAAGGUGGUGCCGAGCGACUGGUGAUGAGCCGCAAGGGACCAUGGGAAGGUUACAUUGUCUCCUUCCCGCCUUCCUUUGCGCGCGAGAGAGAGACGUCUGGGUACGAGGCAGAUACUAAGUAUUGCGCGCGCGUGAGUUGGCGGGAAAACGUGAUAGCCGUCGUCAUUCUACGACUGGUUUUGUAGCGGCAACAAGUUAUCAAAUGUGAGAAGUUUUAUCAUUUUGCUAUCGGGAGAGGGCUUAACCUGCUUCAGUGUAAAUAACCAUACUAACCUUUUUGGUGGAAAAAAGUAAAAUGAAGCUUUCCGGGGUGGCUUUUUUUUUAAAACACGCGCAAAAACGUUAAGUUAAAUCUCGUACUGGUACUCGUUCUCGUCCAAAAAUCUAAAGCUCUCUCUUACUUGACCGAAACCGAAAACCGCGUAUGAAAAGUCUCUGGAACCCAGGGUAGCUUGGUAGUUGAAACUGUCAUCAACUUUCAUAAGCGUUUUAGACACCUAUGGCGUAAAACUCAACUGGCCGCAAUCUUGUGCGAUGUCGCAACCUUUGUGUCUGCAUUACCAUGUUGUACUAUUCAGACGGCUGUCCUGAUUUGAGUUAUUAUUGUCUUAGAGUAUUCGUCGUCUGCUGGCUAACGAUAACGUGACUGAACUUGAUAUGAUGAGAGCCGUGUCCCUGUACGCGCUGCGCUACGAAAAACACAGCAGUAAUGACGUUGGUGGCUUGUUAAACGUGCUAUCCAGACGAGGAGUCAGCGAGCACUAUAAGAAGGUAGUAAGUUUUAUUACGUCCUUGACUGUUGUUUUAUGGAAUGCGCAUGAGCAUUGCAUCGGUUAGUACUCCCUAUAUAUGGGUGUGGCUUUUGAGCGGUUUUGGUCCGAAAGUAGGUAGACAUUUAAGUGUCAGAUCUGAAAUGGGUAUCGAUGUUUAAGCUUAAAUGUUAGGGUCAUGUGUGAAAAACCGUGGGCAGGGUUAGCGUAACUCAUUCACUUAUUCCUUGGAGAAAACCCCAUGGUUUUUUGAAAAUGGCCUAUUACAUGGUCGGGGGACUGGUCCCUAGGUAAGACUAGUCCAAGCCUCCUCAAAGUAGAAAGGGUAUCUCUCUUUUAGUAAAAUCCAACUAGUGGUCUAUUAUCGAUGCUGCGUUCUGAUUGGUUGAGCUACUACUAGGCUAUAUGUUAUAGCCCACUAGUGGCGAAAAGCGCCGGCUUUUUGGCGGCAAAAAUCUAGCUUUAACUAGCUAAAGUUUUUUUGUCUCGAUAUUUUUGACCAACUGGUUGGAUUUUACUAAAAAAAAUUAUUCCUCUCGCCCUCAUGGCCUCUGAGUCACUAACCCAUUCGGCCUUCGGCCUCACGGGCUAUUGACGCAAAGCCCAUUCGGGCUCGAGGAAUAAUUGUUAAUUAUAUUCGAUUGUUACUUAAAUGAUAAGAUAAGACAGGAACCGAAUUUAUCUGACAAAGAAGUGUUUCUUUUAUUAGACACAAACCCCGGACAUGGAUAUGUCCUAACACUCCACAAAACACCUUUACGUGCUCUGCUUAUUAUGUACAUAGUUAAUUCACGUGUAGCUUUCCUCACUGUUUCUGUUUAUAAAUUUCGAUAACGUUUCUUCAUAUGUAUGCAAGUCAUGUCUCACUUUUUAUGCAGUAUGCUACGCUGUAACACGCAAUAAUUUCGUUCUUUUUUUUUCAUAUCCACGCGACCUGGUUUGAAAUUAAAUGCCGCGCGCUGUAGAACUUACUUGUUUAUGGUAACAUUGGCUAAUUCUGUAUGCUAGGUAUUGCCAAAUCGACCCCUCAGAUCACUUAAAAUUUAGCAGUAAUUUAUGUAGAUUUAAAUUGAAAUAGGUUUCUUUCAUGAAUAUCCCUUUCAUCGGAGAUUUUUUUUCUAGACUCUCCAGAUUUAACAACAGUUUUACCCGAGUACGUUUUCUUAAAUUAGCAAUUAAAUUUUUUUUCUCGUGAUGUAUUUAAGAUUUUAAAAACUGCCUUUUUUGAUAAUAUACAACUACUUGGUAAAUGAUGAUAGGAUUCCUUGCUCCUUUAGAAACCAAUAUUUGCAAUUUCCAUCUCGACCAAUGUAGGCUAUAUUUAGGUCUUUGAUGAUUAACAAUAUUCAAGUGAAAUGGAUGUCUUCUACUCUCUAUCAAGGAUUUUAUCGAAGAAUGUAUAUCGAGAACGUAUUUUCUAGUAACUUAAGGCGAAUCUAUUUCCGCCGCGCGAUUUCACUAGUACACUUGUCGUGCAAAUUAGUAAAUGAAUGAGAAUGAUCGAAUGUGAGUUUUAGGCUUGUUUGCUUUACUGUUAGAGUUUUUAAUUUUUAGUAAUUUUCGUUCUUGAAGAAGUGCGGAGAAAAUGUCGAAAACGAUGUUUUUGCUACAAGAAAAAAAAUUGUCUCGAAAUGAAAUAGUGUACGUUUUUGUCUAGAGAAUAAUUUACCAUUCGUAAAACAUAAAAAAAAAUAGUGCUCCAGCAGUUGAAUGCAUCUUAACCGAUCUUCUUACUAGGUCAGUCUUUUCAUAGAUUUCGUACACCUUUGUGUAAUUGUAGUCCUUUCAUCGUCAAGUCCAUUGUAACCUUUUACUGCCUUUAAGCUAAUGCUUGGUUUUAUCCAGGGAACGUUGAGGCAGCCGUGAAUGUUAAUUGCUGUGGGUAUUUUUUUCUCCGCCAGGCAAGAUAAUUUAGAUAAGAGAAGCGGAACUAAUCUAAGGAAAUCUUCUCUUCCACUGUAGUCAGAAACAAACGCGGAGGCAUCACUCCUAGAUGAAGUUCUACUGAUCGCUCUUUUGCCUUUUUGCGGUUGAUGGCUGUAUGUAAAUUGGCUCCAACCUUUUGUCUUUGAAUCAAAACCUGAAUUGUGACCGUUGAAUUGAAAGAGAGUGAACAGUACUUUCCUGUGGUACCGUUUUUUAUGCCCUUCAAGGUGGCCCUGACUUGCGAGUUUGUGGAUAGUCCUAAAGUGACCGUCUCAAUGAAAGCUGCUAAAUAGCUCUUUUCUUUGAUGUGGUUCAUUACGCUGUUCAGAAGGCGUUGUGGUCGUAACUGCCGAUUCUGUAUUUGACACCUUUAAAUGUUAUUAUCAAAAGAAAGACUUCACUUUCCUGUAACAUUGUCAGUCAUUCCCUUAGUCUUGUGUGUGGAAUGGUAUCCCUUACCUUAUUAUCAUUAUUACCUUAUAGUCAGAAUUUUCUUGGGCGCUAUCUAUCACGCCGUUUGUCUUUAAACCCCUACAUUUUUUAUUAUUUUUCUUUUUUAAACUUGGAAGCUUCAGUUUGGCCGAGCCUAAAAAGUAUGAAAGUUAAUCGCCCUUUCUUGUCGUUCUUCCUUUUCUUUUCCUUCCAUUGCAAAUUUCAGUUCAUUCUUUCAAAACAGUCCACUCUAUUUUAUAAACUUCCACUAAGAACUUCACCUUAACUUUCUUGUUCUAGGCAACAUCAGAAUGAGUUUCUGGCAACAUACAAAGGCUUAAAAGACUUAAGAUAAGACUUUGUUGCCUUUUUAAACUAGGCUAAUCCAAUGUCAAAGACCGGAUUACAAAACGUCUACAAAGUACUAAGUGUACUAAAUACUAAGAAAAGGACUGUCUAUACUAGUGUUUUAUCAAGUUUAAAACAGGAUGCGCUUCCCCCGAUUGAUUUUAAGCGUUAAUAGACUAGAUCUAUGGCUGUGUUGCACAGCUUCGUUCUAGAACUUCACCGGGAGUAUUGUUCAAAAUAAUCCGUCGGUUUUGGAUUGUUUUGGUCGAUAAGAUAGGAUUCUGAAUAAUAAUUCAACUUUGUGUAACACGAAAAGAUCUCUGAUCCCAGGUCGAAGUGGAAUUUAGAGUUGUUGAUAAAAGUGAACUCGAAUGAAGAAUGAGAAUCACAGACAAACUUAUUUCAUAUGUUCCCGGCGUAGACUGAAAUCGAGCCCAGGCCACAUUGGCGUCGGGUUUACCGCGAUCUCCCAUUUUAGAUAAUUUCUCUUUUUAUUUCCUACGAUUGCAUUUACUCGAAAGUGGAAACACGAUUAAGGAUAUAAAUGCACGGGUUGCUGAGUCUAAACAAUGAAAAUCCCGAUUUUUUUUUUGUUCAGUGCUCGCACUUGAUCAACAUUUGAAAGAUGUCUCCGACAAGUCCGCAAAGGACUUUUAAAGGUAAUUUAGCAAACAGGACACUGAAAAAUUAUCAGACUUACAAGUUACACAGUGAAAUUGGUAACCUUAGCUUUGUAAGUGCUUUAUAUAAUCACUCCUGUCUCUAAUGUUAUCUAUUAUAAGUAUACCCGAUGUAGGAUUUAACUAACUGAUUUUUAUAUAACAGUUACAAGCUCUUCAGUUUUUUUACGAAAUGAAGUUUGUCGUUUUUACGACUUCUGACUUUGGUAACUUUCAUAAUGUGAAGUUUGCUGUUACAUGGAGGUGACGUUUGUACUCCUUGAGCUCCUAGAGUGUCUUACUCCUCCGCCAAGCGAUCUCAACGCGUCUAGAAAGUCUUGCUUGAUAAAAGUGCACAAAAGAGGGUUGCAUAACGCGGUGAGAAAGCGGAAGAAAAGUAUGGCGAUUGUUAUAUUGUUCAUAGCGUUUUGAGAGAUGCUAUGUAAUGCUUUGACUUCAAGGUCGUCCAUUAACCCCCAAAGAAAGUAGAAAAAUAAACCAGAGAUGAAAACUGCGAUCAUGGCUAUAAACAAAGAGGCGAUUUUCUUUUCGUUUAGUCUUCUUCUCCCGACGUUGAUUCGGUCCGACGAUUGUUCACUAGACAGCUCGCUGUGGAUUUCAUGGCUUUGUCUCCGAAGAUUAACAAAGAUCUUGGUAUAAAUCAUGGUCAUUAGAAGAAGUGGCAGAACGACUACUGUGGCCAAGCAAAAGAUGCCGUAACCGAUGUCAAUGCGGAUCAGGGUGGCUUCACUCAUGUUAUUUUCUAAAAAGCCUAGGAUCCAAACAAGUUGUACCAUGGAGGCAACGAGUGCAAAUACCCAGACAGAUGCCAGCAUCCAGCCUACCCUGUCCUCAGUGACGAUCGAGGGAUACUGUAGCAGCUUGGUUACUCUGAUGUAGCGGUCGAUGGACAGGAGCAUUAAAUGUCCCACAGAAGAGAACGCCAAGAAACGGUUCAAGAUGUCCAUGGCUACACACAAGUCCGUAAUUUCCGUUGUCGAACACGCAAUAACCAUGGGUAUCGCGAGCAAGCCGGUUAGGAGAUCACUGGCUGCAAGACUUGCUAGCAUGAAGUUUGUUGUGGUACGAAGACGUCGUUUUCGCCGAAUUAACCAAAGGACCAGGCUGUUCGCAAUAACGAUGAAGAACGCUUGACACCCGUAAAGAACGAACGCUGUGACAGCGCUCUCGUCUUUAGCAGGCAUGUUUUGACGUUUUCACCCGAGACGUGUCCUUUCUUAACUUCUGUGUACUUAAGCGUGUCUUUACCCAGUUCUCAAUGUAUGCAAUUUUGUUUCGCGGCCGUCUAUUUAAAAGCACAAUUGUUUCUUUAUCUCAGUGCACGUCUUUGUGUAGCUUUUCCACGAACAAGAUCAGAUUAAAAACUCUUUGGAUGUUAUCGCUAUCGGUACUGAAGGCAAUACUGAGCGUUGCUGUAUUCUCCUCUUUAUUUCAAAUGUAAUAGUCUGCAAUAAAGACACAAUAAAGACGUUAUAUUUUCCGGUUUACAAUGCCGUCGGCAUCUGUAUACCCUUAGUAAUGAGUAUGGAAAGUAUAAAAGCGAAAAACAAGUACAUAUUAAAACCGGUGUUCCUUAUUGGAUGAUGUUUUUGGGUUGUGUUGCUCUAAAUGCAGUCAAGUAAAUGGCAAUUACAGUAAUAGAUUGAAAGAUUGAACGACAACGGAUAAUGGUGUAUAACUUUACAUUCAAAUUUAAAAUUAUCCUUUCAAUUUACUGUUGCGGGCCUUUUUCUCUGACUUUAAAAAUUGAGCAAAGGUUGUAUGUGUCUCUUGAAAAUCUUUCUCCGUCAAACGUCAUAUAUUGAGCAUUCAUUUUUAGUCUAAGUUUUACAUCUGUUCCUGCACGUCUAUGCUUUUAGCCACACCAUUUAAAGUUUUCUUAAAUACUAUCCGGAAGUUUCCAUCAAUAAGAAGAACGGACUUUACGUUCAUUAUCUCUGACAGGAGAUGGGUGCCAUUGAAGCCGGCUAAGCAGCGGCAAAUGGUUUUCAAAUAAGCUCGUUACUUAGACCCUAGUGGCAAACGUUCAAUCGGCAAAUUGCUGUUCAAGGUUGAAUUCAAUUGUGCCUAAGUCUAAAAUCCUGAUACGGCAGAUACGGAAGGCUUCAAACGAAUGCUGAUAGGGAUAUUAAAAAUUGGGUACAAUCGACCAAACUGAGCCGUUUGUAUGAAAAAGGAGAUCGUCAAUCAUUUUACUUACACUGAACUUACAUAUUCCAAGGGAAGCUAGCAAUGUGAUGCUUCUAAACGACCACUCUCUCACUCAAUUUGAUCUCUUUCUGAGACAGCUCAUUUUUUAACGCCUUGUAAACUGUUCAUCUCGCGUCUUUAACAUUAAAUAGGCCUUCAUUUAUAAUGUAAGCAGAUAUCUGUCUCCUGUUUGCUUUCAAUUCAAUGACCUAUUAUUUGGUUUUAAUAGCUGUUGAGAAAACCGAAUUGUUUCUUAUUUUAAAACCUAUGACGACCUUUAUUGUCAUUAACAUCACGCCUGAAACAAAUCUUUAGCAAUUUAAAUUUCACUCCUGUUUCCCUACUUUAAACACGUUAGGUACUAUUGUGAAUCAAAAGCAAUUUUUGGCUCUUUCCCGAUGCUUUUCACGCAAAAAUGAUGUCGUAUCUUUUAAAGAUCUCUAGGCAAACACAUAUGUACAUAUUCAAUUGAGCUUUAUUUGCUUUUUUAUGGAGAGGAAAAGAGCUUAAUUAUCUUUUAUUUCGAAAGAUCAAUAUAGUUCCUCCGACGUGUGCGUCACAUGUUUUGCGCAACAAUGUGAAACUAGGUAACAAUGUCGCCUGAGCGAAAAAUGUUCUUCAAUGAAAUCGAAAACAAAGAGCGACUAAUUUUAGCUGUUAAAAGUAACUCAAAAAUCCGCGUUUUGAGAGUCAUUUUUCGUUACCUAUACUGGAAUACAAUAAUUAGUAUGUAACCUGUAUACGUGCCUGUUUUUUUUUUUUUUUUUUUUUUUUUUUUUUUUUUUUUUUUCUCCGGAAGGUUGUUUUUUGUGAUUUUUUUUUUUUUAUAUUUUAAUUUUAACCUUUUUUUAAAAUUUGUAUUUAUACAAAAAUAACGUUUUUUUUUGUUUUUUUUGUUUCUUUUUCUUUCUUUUGUUUGUUUUGUAAUCUCCUCACUGUUCACUUUUCUCCUCCCCCUCACCCCCACCUGUUCUGUCUUGUGUUGUAAAUUUAAUAUAAAAAUAUAAAUUUUAGAAAUUAUUUUUCGUUCACAUGAUUGUAAUAAAAUAAUUAGUAUGUAAACUUUAUAAGUGCUUUUUUUUUUUUUUUUUUUUUUUUUUUUCUUUUUUGGUCUUUACUCCGGAAGGUUGCUGUUGCAGAUCAUUUUACUUACAUAAUGUAACUUCAAACUUUGAUGAAACAUUGCAGUCAUAGAACAGUCACGUUUCGUGUUGAUAUUGCUGGUUCGUUUGCGUUCAUAUGUAGGUUAUGCAAUCGCCUCACCGGUCACUUUAUCUUCUGUGUUAAGCGCGCAAUAUUACUUUUCCACAGGAAAGUUUAGCUAUAUCAUUUGAAUCUUUACUUUAGCAACUCAUUAAAACUGGUGUGAAAAAUGGCAUGAACAUCUCGUAUGUACAGCAGUAUAAACAAUGUCAUAGAAAAGUACUCAGUAAUCAGGCGAGCUUUCAUUUUAUAGUUUUGUCCACGGACUGAUUCCGGAGCCGGGUUAGAACUGACCAACUCGUAAAUAAGACAUAAUAAACGAUUCGGGACGUCUGAGAAUCAGGCCAGCAGCAUAGAAAAAAGGAUUACCAAAGCAAAGUACUACUCCGUACUUCGUGCAGCAGAAAAACAGUCCCAUAAAAUUACUACUCAAUUUGCCCUCAUUUGAGUGGUCAAAUGUUACGCUUAUUCUCUAAAGCUAAAACCACCUUGAGUAAUAUAAGACAGUGCUGUACACAAUAUUAGUCAACACUUAAUUAAAUACCUCUUCAUGCGACACAGGUUAGGAUUUCAUCCCAAGCCGUCAUACGGCGAAAAAAAAAUAAGCGAAAAAGAAAAAAGGAAUAAAACAGGACUAUUGAAAUAUGUCUAAGAAGAUAGGUCUUUGUACUUUGGUGCUAAGCGAUUCUUUACAGCCAGAGAGUGGCGUCUCUCACUUCACGAUCUAAAGAGUGUUUGGAGUUACAAACGAAUUCAUAAUACUCUUAACCAACUCGCUUACAGUUGAUCAAGGACCACUCACAAGGCAUUGUUUAAAUUUCUUAGCAUUGAGGCUGUGAAGAGCAGCGGAACAGGCACGCGAACAAGGAAUUUUACGGUGAUUAAGAACUGAUUUCUUUUGCGAAAAGCGACGAGCGUGGCUUUGCCUUUUGUGGUCUGUAGUAAAAUGCAGGGAGUUCUCUACGUAAUUAAACUUCACCUUAACUUUCGUUAAGGAGUUAGAAUUUAUUUUCUACAGCGCUGCUUGAAGUGUUAAUGGUAAAAUAUAGUUUGCUAAUUCUUGUUUCCUGGAAUUGUAAGAGCCUCUGAGGAUAUUUAUUUCACGGUCACGUUGCCUUAAGAUAAUCUUUAAACAACUCCAAUUUACCAGUGUUUUCACAUAAACUACAGGUGAUUUGGAAGAGCCCCCAAAAGUAGGGUUGUUAGUGGAACAAAGAAAGGUUCAGCUUAUCAAAAUAUCAAAAUGAAUACUCACAAUGUUUACGAACUUGAUAACAACCUUCCUGGAUGGUUUUUUAAUAAGACUGCGAAGGACGCAAGGCAAAUUUAAAGUGGCUAGGAAAUCAUGAUCACGUGAUAUUUGCCGUUCGCGUUCGUUGUGCACGUGAUUCUUGAUGUUCUCUGCCCAGUUUCUUGCCAAAGUUUAGUGGUAUAAAAGAGAAACUGGCAGCGGAAAUCAAUUUUAAAAUCUCAAAAUCAACAAACGAGAUAUUCUAAACGUAACAAAAGCAAACUGCUCUUUCACGUGUUAUUUGGGGACCGUUAAGGGAAUGAUAUUCGCUGGAAGUACACUACAAGUACAUUAAGUACAUUAAUGUUACCGCGAUACACUAGUGCAUUUUAACUUGACCUAAGGCUCUAAAGGAUAGUUGUCGAUUGAAAUUAAGCUCACAUUCAUUUUCUCGAACACGGUAAAUUGUUCCGAGUUUCUAGACUGCUAAUGCCUCGGCUCACCAAGCGUACAGAACAUACAGUCAUUUAGAAAAAACGAAUUCUAGAACUUCGGCAAGUGUCCCCUGUACGUGGCCCAUUAGAAAUGAUUAAAACUUCAACCUUCAAUACUAUAAUUCUUUUUCAUUUUAUGGCCACUGAGUAUUUUUUACCAUCGCAAUAGCAACGUUAUAAUUCUCUUCAAAUAUCCUUAAUUUUAGCUUUACGCGCAUACAACUCAAAGGAGUCUGUGACUCUUACAUUUUGUUUGUGAAUUAUGAUUGGAAGUCAAUAUGUACCUUUCUACGUCGUCUUAAAAUUUCUGUUGAGACGGUUCAGAGCCACCUUAAAUUUUUCCAAAAUUCAAGGAAUUAAGUGACUAUAUCUGGAUUCUGGUAUCAUUCAAGGGUAACCAGCGACGUGGCUUAUAAACGUAACAUAAGUGAAGUUUUUAAAAUAGCUAGUUAAGUUUCUAUUGUUUUGCCCUUUUCAGCUAGUAACUGCUCUUAUCCAAUAUGGAGGAAGAAAUGUUCGAAGCAGUGAUCUGUUCGGUCAAAACAAAACUCCCUUGUCUCUUACAAGAAGGUUCUUCAAAGGAUUAAAGGUAUGUCUAUGCAUCUGUUUGAACAUCACUUUGCAAACAGAAUUCAAGACGGAACAGGAAAUUGAGUAAUUUCAAUUUGCAGUGGACAAAAACCUUGUACCAGAAUAAUUUAAACAAUAUCGCAUUCUUUUUUACAUUUUUAAGAGCUAUAGAAAUAAUUAGUCAUCUGUAAUAACACCAAAGACUAUUUCUCAUGGGAGCCCGAGAAAAAAAAUGUCAAAUUUCACAAGAAUUGUGAAAACACAGGUAAAAUUCUGAAAAUUUCGUGUGCAAGGUGCCAUUUUGUGAAAUUUGACAUUUAUUUUCUCCGGCUCUCAUGAGAAAUUUUCUUUGGCCAUGGUGUUAUUACAGAUAACUAAUUACAUCUAUAACCCUUGAAAACUGUCAAAAAAGAAUACAAUAUUAUUCAAAUCAUUCUGGUACAAGGUUUUUGUCUACUGAAAAUUAAAAUUACUCAAUUUCCUAAUGGAUUCCUUCUUAAAAACAUUUUUAAAACCUACAUUUAAAGACUUGUAUUAGAAACCGCGCUCUUAUUUAUCCGUUACAUUUAUGGCCGACUCGCCUUCAGCGUUGAAGUUUAUGUACUUUUGUUCGCUUUUCUGUUGCUGUUCUUGUAGUUUUGUUUUAAGUAUUACCUAAGUUGUUUUUAUUUUUGCCAUCGGUUUUGCCAUUACUGCAUUGCCUUUGCCGUCGUUACCGUUGUUGUUGAGGUUAACUAAGGCUUUGUUCACGCUGUAUCGGAUAGCUCUUACACUUGCACGAAAGUCAAAAUAUAUAAAAUAUCAGCAAGUCCACACCGACAAACCAAUGAGUGGUGCCGGAUCUCCCUGUUGCAGACCCGGAUCAGUACAAUAAUAACUUGUAGAAAAAUAUGAAACAGCAAACUGAUCCUUCAGGGGUACCCAACGUCAAUUUUCGGAAAAUAUCUGUUCGGAAGACGAUUUGAGAUCUAAAAUUUUCGGAACAUUUUUUGGAAAAUUUCUUGCUUGCCUACCUCUCCUAGGAUUUUCGAACAUCUAAAAAUUGGUGUAAUUACCCAUUUUUUACGGAUUCUUACCCUAAAAAGCUCACCUGGAAUUUUUCGGGAGCCUUUUUUCUGGCUGAAAUUUUCGAAAAGGUAAGCUUUGAUCCCUAUGAUUUUCGGAUCUCGAGACUUUCAGCUAGGAAAUCCGAGCAGAUGAAAAAUUUUUAGGGGAGAAAAAUAUGCCUAUAUCUACCGUUUAAAUACUAAAAUACGUUUAACAAUGCUAUGUUUAAGUGGUUUUGAACUAUAUUCUCGUUGGGUGCCCCUGAUCCUUACGGCAAGGCGAUGAAAAGUCAUACCGGAUAUAGCUUUUGUUCACACAUAAGGACGGGAAUUUCGGCGCGAAUUUAGUAAAAUAGGGACCUUACGAUCCGACAACGGCGACUUCCAUGAAAACGUCGCUGAAAAACAGACUUCUCAUCAUUUUAAACUUUUUCGCGAUUAUCCCAAUUCGCCCUGUUACUUAAAAGAAGGGGAUUUUGGCUGAAGCUGAAGAGAGGCGAACGCGCUCAAGUUCGGACAGAGAUGGUAGAAUUUAUCGCUUUGCCCUUCCCGUUCCCAAGUGAACUUAAAAUUUGGUCAUUUCACGUCGCAGUUGUGCAGUGAAGACAAAAAAAUGUACAAAAAAGCUUGAUGCACGUGCAGAGUUGUUGUUUUGCUCAUUAAGCCUAUUGUUUUUUGAUGUUCCCGUUGCCCUUGUCGUCGUGGUUUGCCGCACCGAUCUCUAUAGGGGAGCCAGUCAAAUAUAGGAUUGGUGCUCAUACUAUACAGGAUAAAUUAUCGUGUCGGCAAGAAAAACGAGCCAGUAUGGUGUGAACAUGACCCGAAUUAACACAAAUUGUACUUGAAAUUUCAGGGAGUGGAGAACAUCUAUACUCAACACUCUCCACUGCUUUCUGAAACACUAGACAGCCUGAUAAAAGGGAAACUUAAAGAAAGUCUUUUCCCUUACCUGGGGUCGUCAGUUCUUCGAGACAGGUAAGCGCUUACCAGAAACAGGUGGUAAGAAAAAACGGAGUUUAAUAAGACCCUCUGCGCUUUAAUAAAGAAUACGUAACUGUCGCGCCUAGUGCCUUUUAAUUAAUAUGGGGCAAAUUUCAUUUCAGUGUCGAAAUUAGGGAACUUAAGCAAGAGCAAGUCUGAUGUAUAUUCAUUGACACUUUAAAAAUUAUAAGUCACUUUUACAUAAAUGACAAAUAAAACAAAUAGCGGCAAUAUCUUUGUUGUUAAAAACUGCCACUCUUUUUUAUUACAAAGCGCAAUUGUUGUCCUCAUAGUAAUACUACUAGUAAUAGUUGACACUACAGCUGCCCCCGUUCUUUAUAUUGUCGGUCAAUAGUAUUCUUGCUGGUUGUGUAGCUCUUUGAAAUAUACCGAUUCAUAAUGAAGAUUUUCACACAUAUUCCAUACAAUAGGUGAGAUAAAUACAGGAAACGCAAUGUUCUAUGCACAGUUUCAGCUCGAUUUACACAGCUUUGAUCAAAACAUUCUCAGUUUCGAGAAUAGUUUAUUCUAAACCAUAAGAAAAGAUUUAAUUAGAAGUUGAAUUUUUCGCUAUUUCUCUUUCCCUCUUUACAUUCAGUUCAUUUUAUUUGCCGGAAAGUGAGCCUUAGAAAUUAAAAGGACGUUUGAUCGAUUCACGCUAGCGCAUUCUAGUCUUAUUUGAAACUUUAUAACGGAAGAACAUCUGUGAGCAGGGAAUAAGUCAGCACAGAAUUUUAUUGUCGGCGAAUUUCUGUAAAUGUCCAUCAAUCUGCUAGUGAUAAGCUAGCCGUUGUUCACUCGUCUUGCUUGUUUGGGGCUGAGUCUUAUUCCGGUCAAAGAGAGAGAAAGAGUGUCUGGCAACGUUUCCAAUAUAAAUCAAAGAUUUGUGAACUCGUGUCUGGCAAACUCUCCAAGUGUUUAUAUGUACAUAGUUAAACGCACCUUAUAACCUCCCCUGCGCUUAACGAGUGUCUUUUGGUCCAUAACUUUCAAAACAACUGCUCCACAGAAUGUCACUGCGUAACGCAAAAGAGUAUCAAAGUAUGACUGCACAAUAAAUGUCACAAAAUCUACCUGAGCGGUCCCUUCGGGAUUUUCUGUCUUUACGUCAUCCUAACCAUUUCGUACUUGCGGGCGCAAACAAUAGAAACGUCAUCAUUACCUACCGAUUCCUCGCGGCCCCAGUUCGAGCAAAUCGAGAUUUUUUCCAGUAUACUGACUGUAUAUUCGAACUGUAAGUACUGUCCUUAAUAUACGCGCGAGAUACUAGGGUGCCUCCUCGGGAUUUCGCCGCUGGGCGAAAUCCCUGCGGGGGCAACAAAGUGGCUGCGGAUGUUAUAAUCAAGGCCUAAUUUUUCCUCAAAAUUUGGCCGCUUGUUUUUGUGUGCGACAAGUGCAGCUGUUAUGAAGUAUUACAGCUGUUUUAUUUCAUAGUUUUAUUAGAAAACGUAGAAGGUAUUAGUGGUGCAAGUUAAAGGUAAUCUGCCAAGUGAAUAGUCAAUGCAAGAGCUUAUUAUACAUUGGCACUGAGCUGCACUACCUGAUAAAAGCAGUGACAUCUGAAGAUGAUUUUUUUUGUUCGUGAAAUGACGCCUUUAUAAACAAUAUUGGAUGAGGUUUUUGUGAUAUCAGGAAUAAUCAAUUUCAAGGCAAGUGUUACGAGACCUUAAUGAUUGUUUCGGAGGUCACAAACACCAAAUCUAAUAAUUAUUUAACUCUACACUGUUUUGAAGAAAAUAACGACAAACACACCGUCGUAUGGAAAAUAGUUUGACGUUAUUCUUGGAAAUCAUGCAUUUUGCGCACAUCUCACAGAUUAGUCAGUUAUCCGGUAGCAGAGAACUAACUAAUCUGUACAUGGGUUGCGCUGAUUUCCAAACUUAUCUGUAGGCUCUUAGCCAAUGAGAAGACAGAUGGUAAGUAUAAUGUAUAAUGAUAUCUAAAAUUGGAACAGUGAUAUCAGAUAACUGAAACGGAUUCAUAGAUAUCCCAAAUCGAUACAAUGAUAUCUGAACAGGUCCAGUAAUAUCUAACACUUCCGUGUGUUGAAUGGGUUGCAGAAUAAUAGUUAACUUUCGAGUCGCCUUAUAAUAAUACAUACAUAUCGGUAUAUUUUUUCACAUUUAUUUCAUAUUUGAAGAAUUCUGAUGGAUAUAUAUUUAUAUUUCUACUUUUUAUUUAAAACAGCGCCAACUGAUAAAAUUACCGUGGUUUAAUAAAAUACCUUAUCUUACACUAGACCAGGAGUUCGAGGUUGAUUACAAGUACGAGUUUUCGAACAAAAUUCGUGCGCCUCACUCAAUUUACUUAUCACACGACUCUUAUCCCUAACGUUAAUUAUAUAUGCUAGUCAGCAACAGAAAAGAAUUAUAGUUCGGGGAAUGAAAUUAACCCGAAAUUCCAAAAUAGAACAGGAACUCGAUUUGCUACUUAGUUAAAUCUAAAGGUCGCUAGUUAAUCACCCUUUACCGAGUAAGAUUUUCUUGUUGUCUUUCCCUGUAUUUGUUCACGUGUGAAUUGCGUUUUUUUCAAGGCCCCAAGAAAUUAUCGUCUUUAUGGUAGGAGGUGCAACCUAUGAGGAAGCAUAUGCUGUUUACAACUUAAACAAGACGCUACCCGGAGUGAAAAUUGUGCUAGGCGGUACGACAAUUCACAACUGCAAGAGGUAAGCUGUCCUGAUUGCUAAUUUCAGAAAGCCUUAUCAUACUGCCUAUACUGGACCUUACGGGAAGGCUCCUCCUGAUGGGGACGGAUACCUUUUCCAGGCUUCAGGUAUAUGAAAGGCUGGUGAUUUCAGUUGUUGAAGUAGCUCAGUGAAAAGGUAGGAAAAUCUGUCUUUUUUGGUUGGUGAAAAGACCCGAAAGGCUUAACAAGCAGUGGCGGAUCCAGAGGGAAGGCCCCUCCCCCUUAGUUUUAGAUGAAACUGAGGCCCGGAGGGCCGAAAAAAAAAAUUUUGGAGACCGGUCCCCCCCCUAUCUAAGGGUCUGGAUGACCGGCUCCCACCCCAUAUCUCAAGGUCUGGAUCCGGCACUGACAAGUGCGUUUUAUGUCUGUGAAAAAGUCCAGAAAACGUUUUGGUUUUGGGAUUUAUUCAUAUAUUUAAGACAGAGGUCGAAACAAGGUAUGUGAAAGCGGUGUGAGAAAAUUGUUGCGUCAUUAUCGCAGGAAAACUCGUCACGUGAUCUGAGAACUGAACUUUGUACAAGUGUCUCGGAACUGUGUAGUCGUUCGGAGUCGUGGAGCUGAUCGAGUGUGUAGAUUGAGUGUAGAUCAUCGAAAUUUUACGGGAAUUGAUGUCGGUGAAUCCUUUAAGUGUAGAACAGAGGACAGAAUUCUAAAAUAUGAACAUGUGAAGAAAUAUACUUUCAAUGAAUUAACGCUACAGAGAACUGGUUCAUCACACAUAAUUUGUGACAAGCGGUACCAUUUUCCAAAAGAAGGUAUACGAAAGGGGUAACUUAUCGUCAAAAAUGGUAUAUAAAAGUGUAGGGGUUGACCUUUUGUUUCCAAAGAUCUCUUUUUAUUGUUGUAUUAUUUACCGGUUACAAAAUAUGCAAAGUAAAACAAGAAGUUGUUAACGUCUUAAAAUUAAAAAUUCAUCUUGGCUUGCUAUUUUCAAGCUUGUCGGUGACAACAUUUAAAACUGAAAAGCGUGAUAACCAAAACGACGUACCUUUCUGCUGACUUUCCAAUUUGUGCCAAAAACCGCAGCUUGCGUCCAUUAUCUUAAAAUAUUCGCGCUCCAUUUGUAAGUCGUUUUAUAUCUCAACAGAACUUUUUCGUUACUUUUUUUAUGUGGAGAAAAAUGUUGAAGCAGUGACAAACGCAGCUGUGGAUAUAAUCGCCUUAGCUUUUGCUGUGAAAUCUCCGUUUCUUGCCAAAGCUGCCACAGCAUUCCUUGUUCGAAGUACAUAUUUAAUCAGUUGUUUAAAGUCUCACAGUCCUUAUUUUUUUAUAUGAAUUUAUUAAAAGAGGUAUACUUUUUAUUGUUCGCUGCAAGAAAAAAAUCGCCUUCUAGUUAUUUAUUUGCUUGUUUAUUGAUUUAUUGAUCGAUCUUUUUUGGAAAAGACAACGCCUAGUGCAAGCUAGCAAAUGAAGUGUGCGCUAAAUCAGUUUACAUUUCCAACAUAAAAGAAUUGAUUGACAAGACAGAGUCAUGGUUUUUACUCCAAUUUAUGUCUUAGUUAGUAUAACAAUACGAACUCGCCCCCCUCUCCCCUCACCAUUAGAGAACUUUAAUCUAAACGAUUUUAAAGUUUUUUUUUAGUACGUGUUACAGUUCAGCAGUCCAACCACACUUUACUCAACAGAAGUAUUGCUCAUGAAGCGAUAUCAUUAUUAGUUUGAAUAUUCCUAUGGCGCCAGAAGGCUAAGUACCUUUCUGUUAAGAAAAGAACGAAGUCGCUUCUUCACGCACGCAACGUUUUCAAAUCCUGAUGGCGUACAUGUAACUGCGAACAGACACGUACACCCUUGGUCGCUGUAGUCUUAUCCGUUAGAGCUGUGGUUUUAAUAAUUUGCCACCUGAAAAACUGAAACGCCGUUUGCGAGCAGUUUUAUUUUCAGUGAUCACACCCCCUGUUUCAUUUGAAUAUUCGAAGCUUAGAACUACUUUUUUCAAAACAGUAAUACAGCACUUGUCAUAGCGCAAUCAAGCAGUUUCAGUUCAGUGAAUCAUGACAUUUGGGAGUAGAAUAAAUGUUUCGAACAAGCGAUUUGAAAGGUUGGCUUUUGAAAAGUUUGAUAAACGGAUGCAUGGCAAGGAAGGAAAGUUAACACUAUAAGGGAACUUUCUCCAGAUUUAUCCUUUUCAUCUUGGCUUUUCUUACAUGUACUUUCUUACUUUACAUGCAUCUUUUGUUUAAAUAUAAAAUCAAUUUAUGCAGCAAACCCUCUCUAAUUUACCACUCUCUUGUACGACUAUCUCCUUAAGCGGCAAUCGUUAUAAAAAUCCUUCUUGAAUUUAAAAUUUUUAAUUCAAUCAGUGCAUAUGACAACUUCUAGAAACCCCUGGUCAUUUCGCCGCAAGUGAGCCUGUUGUUAACUCCAAAGGCUAUAAUGCCUUACACGAGCCUGAUUCGACCACAACUACAAUAUAUAAACGGCUAACCUUGAAAAGUCGAAUGUUGUGUUAAAAUUUUCGUUCGCUCUGUCUUAUUACGCCUCUCCGUCCCUCUUCGGCUUCUUACUAUACUAAAGACCAACAAUAGCUCCCCUCUGAAUAUAUACGAAGCUGUCAUGUCGCAAGGUUUGCGUACAUUAGGCUGCUCUCGUAUGUUAUGUACAGUUGCAGCCCCGGAAAAUCGUGACAAAACUGUAACAGACUGUCAUUUUUUGCCACUUUUAAAUUGCAUCUCAGUAAACACAAUCUAGAAGAAUUUCCUGUAUCUUCCGCCUCGGCUUUGUGACAAUUUUGUCUGAUUUUGAAGAACUGAUGAAUGAAUGAAAAAAAUUACAUUAAAUACUCGGCUCCCUUUUAACGUUUUAAAACGUAAUAUGAAUAAAAACGCCAGUCACGAAUUGAUAUUCGUGUGUCGCCGCAUAAUUGUCGUAUCGUGAUGUUUCUUUUCCGAGUAAUUUGAAACGUUGCAAUUUUUUUUGUCUUUUGAUCGAAAUGACAUUUGAUGUAGCCUUAGUGACCCUACUCUGAUGGGCGGUCACGUGUGGAAGAUUCAAGUGUAUGAGGAGUUCACCCUUUCCCUUCUAAUUUGGUGGCUAAAAAACUCAGAAAAAAAUACUCAUUUUUUUGUAGAAUCCUGAAAAACAAAUAAUACCAUGGGAAAGUUCUACCUAAGAGGUUUCAUUUGAAUGGUAAUACCAUAGGAUUUCACCAACAGAUUUAAAAGUUAGAGUAAAAAAUAACCUGACCUUAACGUUCUCUAGGAACAGUUUGGCCAGGUCUAGACAACAGACUGUCUUAUUACUGAACUUGAUUCCAAUUUUGGCCGGUAACGAAACCGAACGUAAAGGUUCACGGCUGUAUACUUGUUAAUAUUGCCAAUGUCGCCCCCCUUUCGCUAUAUGGAACAGUUAACGUUGGCGGCGAAAUUACUUAUAAAUGACAAAAUCACAGCUUUGUGUCAAUGCAAAUAUGCCUCCCAAGCAAGUACAUCAAAGGUUAAAGACAACAAAGUGGAACUUAAAAAAACAGUUGGGCUGGCAACUUUUCAGAAACCACAAUUACAAUCCGUUUUAAUCUUCUAUAAGUUUGUCCAUCCGUGCGUGCUUUAUUUUCUAUUUAAUGUGUUAUUUUCACCUAGUUUAAUAUUUUCAGCGCUAAUUUUAUAUUUCACUCAAUUUGUUGGUAGCUCCCGCUGUUUGAAUUUUGAUAAAUCUCGUGACGAAACCCCGGCCUUUAAUAAAGUUUGAGGACAGGGAUCGUGAAAUUGCCAUUAUAUGCGGUAUUGUACAUAUAAUUUAUGAACCGAAGUUCGGCAGAUGAAAAGGGCGGAAUUCCCGACUGAGCCUGGUGGCGGCAAGAACCGGCGACUCCAAACUUUUGCUGCUCUUAAUUUCAAAACGAAUUAGGUUCGAUGGCGCGGGAAGAGAUUUGAAGCGUGCUCUACGAUAGAAAGCGUUCGGUUAAAUCUCUAAGCUCUACAAUACUGUUUGUUUUUUUUUGGGGGGGGAGGGAUUCAAACGAUAGUUUCCUCAGUUCUUUCAGUUUUUUUUUUUUUUUUUUGCCGUUUGAUAACGUUCAAGAGAGAUCGUGAGGACGUAUCCCAUAAUCGCAUUUCUUUUCAGACUCUAUUUAAUGAAAAUAUAUCUAAACUAUACUCCUGAAUGAUGCUCUUGGCACGUGCUUUUUUUAAAUUUUAUUGUGACAGUGGGCACGAGAAAUAAAUUGGUAUCCUCAAAUUUAUCUUAGUAUUUCAUUUUCGAGUCUUCGAAGCAAUUUUCAGGCGGCCUGUUUAUUUUGUUCUUUAAAAGCUGUGAGCGUGUCAAACUAAUUUUCAUGUUUAAUUUGAGUUGUGCAAAUUUGACAAAAUGUUCAACUGGAAACUGAUCUAAUUAGACUAACAAACUCAUUACGAGUUAUAUGUGUUUUGAUACCUCUUAAUAAUGUUGGUAAAUUGCUAAGAGUAAAUAUCAGACAUCUAGGAAAUUUAUUACAUGUAGAUAUAAAUAUGUUGGCCCUGCAAAUGUGAUUUAUGCAGCGCUUAUAUAGUUCUUCUAAUAUUGAUUUACGCCCUGUCAAAAUACACAAUGUCCAAUACAUCAAUACAGACACUAUGUGCGCAUUUCUGUAAAAAUAAAUAAAAUAGAUUCUAUUUUCAAAAAUCAAUCAAUCAAUCAAUCAAUUUAUUAACGUCAAUACGUGGGAUGGGGUUGCCCCGAUCAUCCAAGCCAGAGGCUCAUGUAUAAAACGUAUGACAAGAAAGAUAAAUAUCUCGAGCAUUGGACAGGAAAAAAAUUUGUUUUCCCUUUGUAAUUAGAGCCGGGGGAGAUACUCCUCUCCAAAUGACGGAGUGCUCGUCGGAACAUUUCGGAAACAACGUGGAAAGGAACUAGAAUCACGCCUUUUUGUGGGCUUGGCCCAAGUUCAUUGUCACCUCUAAGAGCUACCAAAUCUGAAAACACAGAUUAACAAACACUGACAAUUUUUAAUAGCAAUUAGUAUUAUUCAGUUGACUGAAGAAUAUCUCUCUCUAUUUUUAUAGCUCAAUAUAAACCAUAUUAGUAAAAUCCAACUGGUCGACUGUUAUCAAUUCUUCGUUCUGAUCGGUUGAGCUACUCCUAGGCCAUAUGUUAUAGCCUACAAGUAGAGAAUAGCGCCGGCUUUGAAAACCAAGCCAAUGGCGGCUGAAUCGCGUUCAGUGCUUGCUAAAGUUGUUUUGUCUCGAUACUUUUGACCAGCUAGUUGGAUUUUACUAAAAGAAUUAUUCCUCUCACCCUCAUGGCCUCUGAGUUAAUAGCCCAUUCGGCCUUCGGCCUCAUGGGCUAUUGACUCAGAGCCCAUUCGGGCUCGAGGAAUAAUUGUUACGUAUUUGCCAUAAAGUACGCAUAAAUAAAAAGGUACUGCGAAACUCUGUGUUUAUUUUAGAUUUUAGCAAACUAAGCGUUACCAAUCCACAAUUUUACCCCAUAAAAUAAAUGUACGAUGUACACCCUCGUCAUUUAAUAAGGAUACCCCUAACGGUGAGGCGUUCCACCCGCUACACCCUGGAAAUACUCAUGAUAAACAUGGUCGAGCGCGAGGCGCGAAAGACGAGUGUAGACCCCUACUCUAGAGUUUCCUAAAAUUUUCAAAUUUGGGCGCUAAAGCAUCAAAUCUCCUGGUCUGUACGAUGAACAAAAAAAGCCUCUGAAAACUGAAUGAACAUGGAUAUCCUUUAAACCCAAGAAAGAAUGAGCUAAAACCUUUUCGCAGGUAGCUUUUCUGUUGAUGCUCUGUUUACAUAACUAUUCUCACUGCAUAAUUAAUUAGCUCAUUGCAGGGAUUUUGUAUAAUCUGUGCGCAUUCCCCUCGAAAUCGCGCGUCCUUGUAGGGGUUGUAAUGCUUUUGCAACCCUCGACUAUAAAUUAGUCCGUGCUGCCUAAAACCUGGUCAUUUUUAAUGAUCGUGAUCCGGGACUACGGCCAAUUUUCGCGACCCGCCCACGUCCCCUGGUGGCGGUUACCAACUUCAGUCGCAGACUUUUCCUUCCCAUAACUUAAUAUUACACAGUGAGGUGAUGGGUAUGCAGUGAGGAUAUAUUACAAAAUAAAUGUAACGCCGAUUUUCUUUCUCUUCUGUUCUCAGUUUUCUAGAAGAAGUCCUGCAUUCUACUGGUCACGGAGCGGCAUCUAGAGCCCGAGUAACUUCAGCCAGCGGAAACUACAGAUCGUCUUACACGUCUUCUUUCUUUUGA